AUGUCUUCACAAGGACAAACAAUCUAUUUCAUAUCGGGUGCUAAUCGAGGUAUUGGUCUUGGAUUCGUUCAAGCUCUUGCCAAACGACCUAAUACAGUAAUCUAUGCUGGUGUCCGAAAUCCUAACAAUGCUAAUGAACUUCAAAAAUUAAAUUCAUUGACAAAAAAUAUUCACAUUGUCAAACUCGAGUCAAUUUCGGAGAAUGAUGCCAAGGCAGCAGCAGAAAAGAUCGAAAAGACAUCUGGCUAUGUCGAUGUUAUCGUCGCCAAUGCUGGCAUCAGUAAUUAUUACGGUCCACUCAUGACUACUCCAAUCAAAGAAAUUCGUGAUCACUAUGAAGUCAAUCUACUUGGUCCCCUCAUUCUCUUCCAGGCACUUUAUCCUCUUUUGAAAAAGAGCAAGUCGGGUGCACCAAAAUUCGUGGUCAUUUCCACGGCUCUAGCCUCGAUUGGAGAUAUGUAUUCCGUGCCGGUAACAGCCUAUGGAGCAUCAAAGGCAGCUGUUAAUUAUGUGACAAAGAAAAUCCAUCAAGAACAUGAAAAAGAUGGUCUCAUUGCCUUUCCCUUGCAUCCUGGUUUGGUUCAAACAGAUAUGGGAAAUGCUGGAGUCAAGGCCAUUGGUUUGGAUCAAGCACCAGUGACAAUUGAAGAUAGUGUUCAAGGGCAAUUGAAGAUUAUCGAUGGAGCAACAAGAGAAAAGACAAGUGGAAGAUUUUGGAGUUUCGAUGGAAAAGAAUUGGUUUGGUAA